CGUAGAGUUACUUUCAUUCUUUCUCACUUGGGAUCCUAUUUUGGAAAAGGUAUAGACUGAAAGUUUAGAUACUGUCAAAGUCUUGCAGUGUCCCGGUCUCAAAAAGGCAAAGCACAUUCACACUUUUGAGCCGGAUCUCGAAGGGUCUUUCAUUGCAGCAAACAUUGUGAUACUCCAGAGUUCUACAACCAGACAUAGCUAUGACCUCGUUAAUCAGGAAGGCGAACAUUCAGGGCGACAUCUGGCCUGGCCUGCCCAAAAAGUUCCAAACUUUUCUGUUCUUCCGCAUCAGAAAGCCCGAGCAGUUCAAAGCGCAGCUCAAGGCUUUCGUGCCAGAAAUCACGACGGCGGAAACCGCUGCGGCAUGGAAAGAUGCGAAACAGAAAGAAAAACAGCUUCCCAAAGAUCAAAGGCCCAGCAGACUGCUGCCCAAGACUGGAGUGAAUAUCUCCUUCUCUUCGACCGGACUGGCAGCCUUGGGCAAGUUCGUCUUUGAUGAAGCCGCUGUCAAGAAAGACAAGAAAAUGGCGGCAAUUUUCAGAAAACGCCAGUUGCGUGGAGGGCUCUUUGGCAUCGGAAUGUACACUGAUCUCGUGUACGAAGGCUGGGAUAACCCAGACGAGUUACGUGAGCAAUACAAGCCUCAAGGCGAAAAGAAAGAGCGCUUGAUUGACGGAGUCAUCAUGGUGUCGUCAAGUAUCGAGCAGGAUAUGGUCGAAAAGGUCAACCGAGUGAAGGAACAUUUCCUCAAAGAAUCUGACGUUGACGAGGACACUUAUGUGCUGAGCAACGACCCUGUCGUCGAGUUCCCAUUGACUCGUGUGGGUGCUUCCCGUCCAGGUCGUAAAGAACACUUCGGCUUCAAAGAUGGCAUAAGUCAGCCCAAGAUCCAGGGUCUGGAUGAAUUCUCGCCCAAAGAUAAGGAACCACCAGCUGUUAAACCAGGAAUGAUCUUGUCCGGAUAUGAGGGCGAUGAGAUGGGCCAACCAGACUGGGCAACGGAUGGCAGCUUCAUGGUUAUCCGCGAUUUGCAACAACUUGUUCCCGAGUUUGACAAAUGGCUGGAGGUCAAUUCGCAUAGAGCUCCAUUCGUGGAAAAUUCUAAGGAUCCGAAGGAAAAGUUGGCCGCAUAUCUCAUGGGCCGGUGGAAGAAUGGAACGCCUGUUGAUCUGAGUCCGCACGAUGACAAGGAAGGUGAACCCGAGUAUCAUGAAACAAACAAUUUUGACUUCCACCCUAUGGAAAAGCACGAUAGGUGCCCAUUUGGGGCGCACAUUCGUAAAAUGCGACCCCGUGGGGAUCUUGAGCAUGACCACGCAGUCAUCAUCCGCCGUGGUAUAUCGUACGGCGGUGAAGUGACGCCCGAAGAAAUGGCUGCAAGCAAAUCCGACGACAAAAAUGAGCGUGGGCUCAUAUUUGUGUGCUACCAAAGUGAUAUUCGCAUGGGCUACAGUUUCUUGACAAGUCGUUGGGCUAGUAACCAUCAUUUCCCUGACAAGAAGACCAAGCACGUCGGCGAGAACGGCCCAGGUAUCGACGCCAUCGUCGGACAACGCCUCGCCCAUCACCCACCGCGCUCCAUUGGACUUCCGGACGGAAAACAGCCUAGUGAGGAGCGAGUCGAGCUCGACAACUGGGUUAUCCAUCGUGGCGGCGAGUACUUCUUCACGCCUUCCAUUGAGGCGCUGCAAAACUACCUCACAGGCCCUCACGACUACCCUGACCUCCUGAAAAAGGAUUAGCUAUGACGAGCAUGGAAAUGGGAUGUGGUGUCGCGGAGAAUGGACAAGGUCAAUUUUGGCAUCACAUCCUUUGAUGUUGGAUCGAGACAUGUCAUCUCGUAUUAAGAUACAACAAAACAAUCGUUUUAUUGCCUA